AGGGUUCCCCAGCUUGGUUAAAGGCUGUGUGUGUCUGUUCUUCCAGUCAUCGCCUUUGCUGGUUUGCUACUUUCCUGUCCUUCUCUGUUAUCAUGGGGGUUCACCUAUUUGCGGUUCUGCUGUGGUGUGCUGGAGCACUUCCUGGCCUUCUUGCGGUGCAAUUAUUGUCAACUGUCACCUGUGACAAUGACAGCCUGGCAGCGGCGGCGGCUCUUGGUGUCCAACACAUCAAUGGAAGGCAAAAGCAUGGCUUCAGGUUCAAGCUGCAGGAGGUCCUGAGCAGCAAAUAUCAGAAGGUAUCAGGAGGUUGCCACAUUGAUGUCACCGUGAAGCUUGUGCAGACAAAAUGUCACUUCACCAACCCCAAAUCUGAUGACCAAUGUGAGCUUUGGCGACGGGAUGAACGGGGAGUAGUGGCCAUGUGCAGCAUCGAAUUUUGGGUCAUGUGGGGUCUGGCCGAAGUCAUAAGACAUGAAUGCACCACCAGACCAGAGUUUACCAAUGAGGAGAUGGUGACCAUUUGUCCCAGCUGCCCUGAGUUAUUGGCUCUUGAUGACCUGACCGCUGUGGAGGUGGUGAAUGAUGCUGUGGUCAAGUUCAACCGGGAGCGCAAACACCUGAAUUACUUCACCCUGAUGGAAGUGGCACAAGUCACAAAGGGGUACGCCGCAAAAAUCGGCACGAUGACUUGGCUCAAGUUUGUCCUGGUUGAAACCACGUGUCCUAGAGGAGCCAGGAAUACUUUUGUUGCUUGCGCACCUCGCUGUUCUGACAUAGCUCAUCACGCCUUUUGCCAAACAACCUAUUACAAUUUGCACAGAGAACUGGGACAACUUGAAUGCGAAUUAUAUCCACCAAAAAAUACAGCGCCGUAUCCGACUGGUGUGCCAGAGCCUGUGUGCAAGCCCUUGUUCCACCAAAGUCCAGAAGCUUGCGUCUGCAAGGACCGGCUAAGCAAACCUGAUCCAUCUGUCCACCACAUCUGUCCCUUUCCACUGAAAUGAUAUCAACUUGUAAAUAAAAAUGUAUACUUAAGUAAUCUCA